GCUGAAGCAGAAAGAAAGACAAAAACGGUUCGAAGAAAGGAACAAAAAAUGUUAAGGGAAGAAUGUACUCCGAGUUCUUCAUGGUGGGAAGAUGUUCAACAUCAUCAUAAUGAUCAUGCAAACUCUAUCAAUUCGACAUCGUUUUAUCAUAAGAGUAGUAACAACAACUCAAACGCAAACGUUAGCUGUGAAGAAGACAAUCUCUCGAUCUCAAACGUAAACGCUUCAAAUCGUUUGGACCUAACUGCUGAAUCCUCCAAUAAUCAUCAUCACUCUCUCUCGGCUCCUUCCUCCUCCACCGAUGAGUUGCUCCGCGACCAUGUUGUCUCUUCUCAUAAUCAACUAUGGAGUCUUGCCUUCUUGCCUGGUAGAAGCUUAGGAGAUCAAAUGAUGGAUCAUCAUCAUCAUAAUCAUAAUCACCACUUAACACCUUCAAGAAACUCAUCAACAACAUCAGAAUUACCAUCAUUCGAGCCAGCCUGCGAUAACGGUAACGGUUGGAUCUAUGACACAAACCAAGUUAGGUAUGAUCAAAGUAGUGACCAACGGCUGUCAAAGUUAACAGAUCUUGUAGGGAAGCACUGGUCUAUUGCGCCACCGAAUAAUCCCGACAUGAACCAUAACCUUCAUCAUCAUUUCGAUCAUGAUCAUUCUCAGACAAACGAAGAUGUUUCUAUGUACAGACAAGCCUUGGAAGUGAAAAAUGAAGAAACUCUUUGUUACAAUAAUGGCUCAACUGGUGCUGGUGCUGGUUCGUUGUUCCAUGAUCCUAUUGAAAGUUCUAGAGGUUUCCUUGAUAUAAGGUUAAGCCGGCCAUUGUCGGAUAUUAAUCCGUCGUUUAAGCCAUGCUUUAAGGCCUUAAACUUAUCCGAGUUUAAUAAGAAAGAACAUCAAACGGCAUCACUGGCAACUGUGAGGUUGGGAACAACAAACGCCGGAAAGAAGAAAAGAUGUGAAGAAGUUUCUGAUGAGGUAUCCAAGAAGGCCAAGUGCGGCGGUGGCUCUACACUUUCACCGGAGAAGGAAUUACCUAAAGCCAAGCUUCGAGACAAGAUCACGACUCUACAGCAAAUUGUGUCUCCCUUUGGAAAGACGGACACUGCUUCUGUGCUUCAAGAAGCCAUCACUUAUAUAAACUUCUAUCAAGAGCAAGUGAAGCUGCUAAGCACUCCUUAUAUGAAGAAUUCAUCAGUUAAGGAUCCAUGGGGAGGAUGGGACAGAGAAGAUCACAACAAAAGAGGACCAAGACAACAUCUAGACCUAAGGAGUAGAGGGCUCUGUUUGGUUCCGAUUUCAUGCACCCCAAUAGCAUACCGCGAUAACAGUGCAACUGACUACUGGAGUCCCUCGUAUAGAGGUUCUUUGUAUCGUUAAUUACGAGCUAGCAUGGUUCAACUGGUAUAGCUAGAAAUGUGUGUAGAUGAGAAAACGAUUUGAUUAAAUUAUGGUAGUGAUAAAACCAUUUGGUGAUUCUGCAGUAGAACGGAAGAGUGGUAUGUAUACAUAAUAUAUGCAUAUUUUAUCACUGA